UUUCAUCCCAGAAUCGGAACCCUUCACCACAACCCACUGAAGCAACACAUUACACCAUGGUGGAGUUCGCACUGAAAUAUUUUCGGGAAGCACAGACCAUGCUCGGGUGGAAAGGAAUGGCUGCUGAAGGGAGGAAAGCAAUUGAGCUGGUGCAGCACACAAAGGUACCAAUUCAGGAGUCUUUGAUAUUAUACUCCGACAAAUUGCUGAAUGAGUCUGCAACAAGCAACUUUAUGGCUCUGAUGAGGUUUAUGGGUGACCAGCAGUACCGGGAGCAGGAUGAUGUUAAAUGUGUCUAUGAGAUCAUGUUGCUGUGCAGAGAAAAAACAAUGUUGAGAGAUGAGGUCUUCUGCCAAGUGCUAAAACAGAUCACAGAAAAUCCCAAACAGGAGAGCUGCAACCGCGGCUGGAUUAUGCUGAGUCUGCUGACUGGAUAUUUCCUGCCUUCCCCCACCUUACUGCCAUGUGUUACCAAGUACCUACAGGACACUGUUGGUGACUAUCAAGAAAUCUCUCGGAACUGCCAAGAACACUUGCGUCAUACUGUACUGUAUCAUGGCCGCCGACACCUCCCCCCGCGGAAGGAACUGGAAGCUCUGCUGAGUGGACGGGUGUCUCGACGGGUUGUUAUAGUAUUGCCAGGCGGAGUUGAAUAUACCACCAAAAUCAAGACCUUUACUGUGGCAGGUGAUCUGGUCCCUGAGAUCUGUGAGCAGUUGAUGGUUACCGAUUCAAGUGAGGUUGAAGAAUUUGCCAUAUCUGCCAACAAGAACAAAGGUGAGAUGGUGCGGCCUCUGAGUACUGGAGAUUAUAUUCAUGACUUCAUGCUCCAGGACAAUUCCGUGAUCUUGGAGUUCAAAAGGGUCACAUGGAAAGCGACACUAAGGGGACGCAGCGAACUCUUUGUUCAAGUGCACUUUAGCCAGGUGCGACAGCAAUACAUGCAAGGAAACGCUUUGUUACUGAGCCCCCAAGAUAAACUGGAGAUGUUCGUAGGAACAGCGUCUGCCAUUCUUCAUAAAGUGAAGGGGAUGAUGACUGCUCCAGAUAAACAGGAACUUCUGAGUUACAUUCCUAGCUCUGUGCAGAAUCGGCUGAACCUACAGGCUGUACAGCAAUCCCUACUGCAGGAAAUGAAGAAUUUGGAAAACUUAAAUGUCCAGCAGGCCAAGGUCCGCUUUUUAGAAACCGUGUCUUCUCUCCCUCUGUUUGAGUACAACAUAUUUCUUAUAAAAAGGAUCAGUGAGCCUGAUGUGAUCUCUCCAUGCUAUGCAGCAGUGAAUCACCAACAGCUUCAGAUACUACAAAGCAACAGUCAGAAACCGCAUACCGUUGUUAGCUUACAUGACGUGCAGAACAUGCGUACUUUGCGUCCUUUGGAUAGCAACACCCUGCCAGGGGUAGAGCUGCACUACGGCUCGGCAGCCAACCCGCGCACGCUAUGGGUGGAGCUCCAGGAGGCUAAAGAGCUGUACCACACACUUGCCUUGAUCAUAGAGAACCAGGACACUGCUACAUGCUAGAAUGAAAAGCCUUCCGAGAUCAUAAAUAGAAGUUAUUUAAUGUGUCAUUUAAUAUGAUCUGAACGGAAUGUCUGCCUGAACCAAAGAGUUAUGUCUAUUAAAUUACAACUGGGAAUGUCCACGGUACCCCAUGUUUACAUUGGCUGGUUGGGCUAGGAUCAGUUGGCUAAUCAAUUUCUGAAAAUCAUUAUUUCUUUGAUGUGAAUGCAGUUCUAGCCUAUUUUAAACCAAAUGAUUUUAUGGACAGAAAUAUUGUGAUUGUUGUAAAUAGAGAAAUGCUUGCUAUCUAAAGAAUAUCUCCACCCAGGAACAAAAUUCUAUAUAUUUACAGCUUAGCAGU